AUGGUCAAAUUGGCCCCGUUGGCCCCGUUGGCCCUGUGGCCAUGGAACCAUACUGAUGGGAUGAUAGUUGGAUACAUGGAGCCGUUGUUCUCAGUGCUUUAUAUUGAUGGGAUGUCGUCGACCAUGAAGUCACGAUUGUCAAACUCGUAUCUCAUCGGCGAGAUUUUCGGCAUGCUAUUCUUUGGUGUUCUGAUUGACCGUAUAGGUCGUCGAACUGGUAUCGUCACCACGACUGCUUUUCUUAUCCUUGGGGUGGUAUUGGCGACUGCCUCUCAUGGAAAGUCACAGCUCGGAAUGUUCUGGAUGAUGACCGUUGCACGGGGCAUUGCUGGCUUUGGUGCUGGCGGAGAAUAUCCUGUCUGCGCGACCAGUGCCACUGAGGCUGCCGACGAGACGGCUCAACUCCGGAAGCGACGCGGGUUCCUGGUCGCAGUGACCACUGAUUUUGCCGUCGAUUUGUUACCUCUGACGAUAUGUUUCUUUCGUGUUCGGAUGAUCAAUUCUACCCAGUAUCGAAAGCAUGCCAUCAAGUCGCAGUACCCGUAUUGGUUGGUUUUGCGGCGAUAUUGGAAGCCCAUGCUUGGGACUUCAAUGGCCUGGUUCUGUUAUGAUUUUGUGACGUACCCAUUCGGGCUGUUCUCCUCCACGAUCAUUGAGCAGCUGAAUCCCACUAACACUGCGGUUGAAAACAAUGGAUAUGGGACCGUCAUCAACUGUUUUUAUCUUCCCGGCUGUUUGCUUGGAGGUCUUUUGAUGGAUCGCAUUGGCCGGAAACAGACGAUGACAUUCGGCUUCCUGCUCUGGGCUCUCUGGGGGUUCAUCCUGGGCGGCGCGCUCCGACCGAUUCAGGGGGUCUUCCCCCUGUUCAUUGUCAUGUAUGGAAUUUUCCAAGCUCUCGGGGAGAUGGGCCCUGGUGUCUCGACGUUUCUCUGCGCCUCUGAAUCGUUCCCCACCCCCUUGCGGGGACAUUUUCUUGGAUUUGCGGCCGCCGUGGGGAAGGCUGGGGCCUCGAUCGGGACGGAGGUGUUUACUCCUAUUCAGAACUCCUUUGCUUCUCCGGUGCAGGGCCAGCAGGCAGUUUUUCUGAUUGGAGCCACAUUUACCCUGGUGGGUGGGGUGAUUGCGUGGACCUUGAUCCCGGACAUGUCUCGAGAGCUGGAGUCGGAGGAUGCCAAGUUCAAAACGUACCUGGCAGAGAACGGGUAUGAGUUGAGUUUGUAG